UACAACCACCAUCGGCUAACCAGCACAGCAGUUAGCCUGUCUCAGCUAGCCGCUGUUACCUACGGACUUUACAACAUAAAUGUUAGCUAUCAAGCUAGCUUGCUAGCUUACGUCGACUUCCAGUGUUGAGACCGGUUCAAUUCAUCUGUGGGGCGUACGCGUAUUUAAGAUUAAUUUAUCAGAAUAUCUGCGGAUGCAUUAAGUGUAGAGUAUCGCCAAUGUUGACUGUGAGGCUGGUUAUCUCGUCUCAUUGGUUACAACGGUUGUACGGGACUGUAAGAGUUAAACUAGCGUUUAAAAAGUCAAGGAAGCGUGCUUGCCUUCGAGUACUGCGAGUCUGAUUAAGCUAACCGACAGCUAGUAACAUUUUGUUGGCAAGUAGUGAAUAUGUCUAGCUAGCUAGUCAGGUUUUUCUCGACUUACCUUCUAAGAGCCUCUGAGUUUUGUGUAAACAUAAUGUAAGCCAGGUCCAUACUUAUCUUACUGUAGUUGGAGUCCUCAUAAUGCAAUUACAAUAAUGUAUUUGUAUGUCAAGACAUUUGGUGUACUAAAUCUCAUUACAUUUGUUUAUCGAGGAUUGUCAUCUCUGUGAGCGAUACACCAUGUUCGCUAACCAAACUAGCCUUGAUAUUAGCUAGCAGGUUCUGCCCAUAAUGUUCCUGUGGAAAUAUCAUAGUUAAGUGACGAUAGCCUCAAGUUAUUCUUUAGUAAUUCACGGUUGUGUUGUCAGUCUGCUAAAACAGCAUUACGUGACAAGUAGUAAUUUUCCAGGACUAUAUUUUGUCGAUGAUCAGUGCCUAAAGCAGUGGCUGUCUUAAAAGUCAUUUGUGAUUACUUAACAUCCACCUUGCCUUGAUUACAGACGACGUAGUAGGUAGAACGUCAAUUAUCGUUAAUGUUAACCGUUAAGUUACUGGUAACUAAUGGACGAUGAACAGUUUGCCAUGAGAUUUGGGAAAGCAGUGCUGUUAUGUGAGUGUAUCUGCUACGAGUAGCUGUUGUAUUACAGGAAGUUUUUUUUUAUGGGAUGGAUCGGCGGAUUCGGGUUUAUUAUAAAGAGGAAUAAAAUGCCCCGGCUCUGAAGUACCAAAGAGGAAGUUCUUUUUUUUUGUGUUGCACUUCUGGAGUCACGGUAUGUCGGUCUUGUAAGUGUAUCGCCUUGGAGUCACUGAUGCACCUCUGAUGUAGCAAAUACUGACUGCUUGCCAAGAAUCUCGGUAAACCUUGGCUUUCUGACUAGUUUUGCACAGAUUUGUGCAGGAGCAGUGGCGUAAUCCUCAACAGGCUAUCCCUUUACCUCCAAUGGAGUUGAUGCAGCGAAGACUGGAACUUUAUGUAAAUUCACUCGAAUGCCAGAUCCUGAGUUUAUGCCACCUCUCAGUAUAGGUCGAAGUCGGCACCCAACAGAACUCGCAACAAACAACUUUCAGUAAACGAGAAAGGACUUUGCUCUUUCCUGUUUCUUUCUCCAUCCCUUUGCACUGGGCGUCUAGGGAGGAGUCUGGCGCUUGUCCUUGAUUUCUGCGAGAGGAGCAGGUGAUGUGUUCCACGUCCAAACUCAGGCUCAGCAGAUCCCCUCCCCGAUGCCGCUAGUGUUUUUAAAUUGAACUGUAUUCCUGUUGCAUCAGGAUAUACACACACGCACACACACACACACACACCCUGUAGCAGGCCUAUCCUAAGGGGCUUCCCCCUUCAGAAGCAGUAGCGUAGCGUUUGCGUGUCAAUCGGACCCGGUGGUGGCCAACGAUGAGUGCGGGCGACCUGCAGCACAUGGACUACGAGAGCGAGCUGAUGGGCAUGGACACGUUCAUCCACCGCAUCGACUCCACGGAGGUGAUCUACCAGCCGCGGCGCAAGCGCGCCAAGCUCAUUGGCAAGUACCUGAUGGGCGACCUGCUGGGCGAGGGCUCCUACGGGAAGGUGAAGGAGAUGCUGGACUCGGACACGCUGUGCCGACGCGCCGUCAAGAUCCUCAAGAAGAAGAAGCUGCGCCGCAUCCCCAAUGGAGAGGCCAACGUCAAGAAGGAGAUCCAGCUUCUCCGUAGACUUCAGCACAAAAAUGUGAUCCAGUUGGUGGAUGUGUUAUACAACGAAGAGAAGCAGAAAAUGUAUAUGGUGAUGGAGUAUUGUGUUUGCGGAAUGCAGGAGAUGUUGGACAGUGUUCCGGAGAAGAGGUUUCCAGUGUUUCAAGCUCACGGGUACUUUUGCCAGCUUUUGAAUGGCCUUGAAUAUUUGCACAGCCAGGGAAUCGUUCACAAAGACAUUAAACCAGGAAAUCUGCUGCUGACUACAGAUGGUGCACUAAAGAUCUCCGAUCUGGGGGUGGCUGAGGCCCUGCACCCGUUUGCGGAGGAUGACACGUGUAGGACGAGUCAGGGCUCGCCUGCGUUCCAGCCGCCGGAGAUCGCCAACGGCCUGGACACUUUCUCCGGCUUCAAGGUGGACAUCUGGUCCGCCGGCGUCACGCUAUACAAUAUAACGACGAGCCUGUACCCGUUUGAGGGGGACAACAUUUAUAAGCUAUUUGAGAACAUCGGCAAGGGGGACUACAGCGUCCCAGAGGAGUGUGGGCCUCUGCUGUCUGACCUGCUGAAAGGAAUGCUGGAGUACGACCCUGUCAAGAGAUUCUCAAUACAGCACAUACGGCAACACAAGUAUGUCACACACACACACACACACACACACACACACACACACACACACACACACGACCCUGUGAAGAGAUUCUCAAUACAGCACAUACGGCAACACAAGUAUGACACACACACACACACACACACACACACACACACACACACACACACACACACACACACACGACCCUGUGAAGAGAUUCUCAAUACGGCACAUACGGCAACACAAGUAUGUCACACACACACACACACACACACACACACACACACUCCCAAUCAAAUUGUGACAUUUGCUCCAUAAUGUUGGUAACCAGUU